UGAAAAAUAAAACGAAUGCAAUUCUUUUUCCUCGUCGAAUCGACAGAUCACAUGUCGCUGGGAGGGCUUGGCGACAGUUUCUACGAGUAUCUUCUGAAAGCGUGGAUCCAAUCCGGCAAGGAGGACGUGGAGGCCCGGCAAAUGUACGACGAAGCGAUCGUCGCCAUAGAUCAACACAUGAUCAAAACGUCGCAGGGCAAGCUGCUCUACGUUUCAGACUUGAAAUACGACAGGUUGGAGCACAAAAUGGGCCAUCUGGCGUGUUUCGCCGGUGGUAUGUUCGCGUUAGGCGCGAAAACAUUGCAAAACGAAUUGUCCGAUAGAUACAUGACGAUAGCCGCCGGUCUGACCAACACGUGCCACGAGUCCUACGAUCGAAGUUACACGAAACUCGGCCCGGAAGCCUUCCAUUUCAUCGAGGGGAACGAAGCGAAGAGCUUGAAGAACGGCGAGAAAUACUACAUCCUUCGGCCGGAGACCUUCGAAUCGUACUUCGUGAUGUGGCGGCUGACAAAGGAUCCGAAGUACCGUGAGUGGGGAUGGGAGGCCGUUCAAGCUCUCGAGAAAUACUGUCGUGUUCCAGGAGGGUUCACGGGACUUCACAAUGUUUACCUGGUCGAUCCGCCGCAGGACGACGUCCAACAGAGCUACUUUUUCGCCGAGACGCUCAAGUAUCUCUACCUGCUGUUCAGCGACGACGAUCUCAUAAAUCUAGACGAAUGGGUGUUCAACUCCGAGGCGCACGUGCUUCCCAUCAGGGGCAAUCCCCUGUACCGGCCAGCUCCCUCUUUAUAAUUCAAAGAACCCUCAUACCUCGAAGAAACCACGCACCGAUGACGCAGUGAGACCCCUCCAACGGCUCUUGAAACACCGGAAGUCCUCCGCUGCGCACCAGGAAAGAAGAGCAACGUGAUCCAUGAAAAGAAGAAACGAAGUCGGAACGAUUUUGCUACGAGGGAUAUAAAUAAAGAAGAACGCGAAAAAAAUUCGACGGUGUACGUGAUACGAGGGGAAAAAAAAAAAGUAAGAACAGUGAUCGAACGUUUCUGAAUUUAAGAGAGAGAGAGAGAGAGAGAGAGCGAGCGAGGGAGAAUAAGAACAAAUCAGAGAAAAAUAGUUAUAUAUAACUGUGAAAUUGUAGACAGAUCGACGAACAAUGAAAAUAGGAAAAUGAAAAGAGUGGGGGAGGCGAUACGACGAUGUGAAUACUCAUCCCGAAACCGCAUGUCGCCGCCUGUGAAUAAUUAAAAAAAUAAUUAUUUUAGGUAAAAAGAGAUAAUAGGGGGCGUGGGGAGAUAAUAACGAACAUUAUUUAAACGAGGAAAUAUAUUGCAUCUGAGACACUUACACGAAGAUAUGCACACACGUACACACACUCACAAGACAACAGA